UCAUUCGCCUGCGUACUCGCGCUCCCCUGACGACAGUAACUACAACAAGCUUGAGAGGCUAAUUCACCGCUAGCUAGCUGAGACUGUGGAUAUUAAAACAUGGCAGACGAUGGACGGAGGGCAGAUGAUGAAGAUGAGCGGGGACCUGGAGCUCAGUAUCAGAUGUUUGUGGUGAUGGAGGAUUUACUAGAUAAACUGAAGUUACUGGAUUAUGAGGAACAUGUUCUUGUAAAGCACAACAUGAAGCCGCUGUCCAGGCACUACUUUGUAUCCAGUCCGUACAUUGUGAAUAAUUCUGGUGAGCAGUUCUACAUGUUCAGCGUGAUUGCAGCGUGGCUCAUAACACUGUGUGGCAGGCCAUUUGAGACGCCACAGGAGCAUGAUGAUCCCAACGCAACUGUCUCCAGUAUCCUGUCCAAUCUCCGAGCGCUGGGUGGGGUGGUUGAUUUCCCUCCCUCUAAACUGAAGUCUGGCUCUGGGGAACAUGUGUGUUACGUCUUGGACCGGCUAGCAGAGGAAGCUUUGAAGAGCGAAGAGUUUGUCUGGAAAAGGCCUGUGUACCCCACAGAGAAUUUGGAAGACGAGUGCGUAAUAGAGGACGAUGCAGAGCUCAAAGUGGAGGAGAUGACGGAGGAGGCUGAUGAGGAAGAGGAUGUUAUUGAUUUGGAGGAGCUGAAAUCCAGAACUAAUCAGAGUGAGGUGUGUGGGGUGAGGCCGGAGAAGAUCCUCGAGUCAGUGACAGAUUCUGCUGAGUGGAAUCUGGAGGUGGAGAGAGUUCUGCCCCAGCUUAAAGUCACCAUACACUCAGACAUUAAGGAUUGGCGGCUUCAUGUCAGUCAGAUGCAUCAGCACCGGGAUGGCAUCACAACCUCCUUGAAGGAAGCAAAGGGCUAUCUGGAUAAGCUGUUGGAGGAGAUCUCCAAGACUCAGGAGAAAGUGAGCAGCCGAGAGAAGUAUAUCAAUACACAGCUGGAACAUCUUGUCAUAGACUAUCGGAAUGCCCAGUCAGAACUCAGUGAGGCCAGGGAGCUGUAUCGACAAGGCAGUGGUGGAGUGACUGAAAGAACCAGAAAUCUAGCAGAGAUGAGUGAGGAGCUGGAGAAAGUCAAACAGGAGAUGGAAGAGAAAGGAAGCAGUAUGUCAGACGGAGCUCCUGUGGUGAAGAUCCGACAGAGCCUGACCAAGUUGAAGCAGGAGAUCCAGGAAAUGGACGUGCGUAUGGGGGUCGUGGAGCACACUCUGCUGCAGGCCAAACUCAAAGAAAAGAACAACAUGACCAGAGACAUGCAUGCAACACACAUAACAGAGACUAGCACACACACCUAUUCAUAAGUUUCCAGAAUAUUAAGGUCAGAUGUUUCAGCCACAUAUAUAACUGCUAUACUGCGUGCAAUUACUUACAUUAAAUGAAUUAUAUUCUU